AAAAAAAAAAAAAAACCCCAGCUGGCCAUAUUGUGCACCAGCUCCCCGCAAAUCGGCUGCGUCACACCUACAAAAAAAAACAAAAAAACACAUCGCUGCACUGGAGCAAUAUAUUCAGCACACCAGGAGAAAUACGCUGCUUUCAAAGGGCUUUAUCCGCCGAGCUGGUCGGGCUUUUUUGUGCUGAGAAAAUGGUGAAACUGGGGAACAAUUUCAGCGACAAAAAUAACGGGAAGGUGGUGUCUGAGGACGGGUUCGACACCAUCCCUCUCAUAACACCAUUAGAUGCCAGUCAGCUGCAGUUCCCUCCACCAGAUAAGGUGGUGGUGAAGACAAAGGCAGACUAUAUUGAGAGCAAGAAGGGGAAGCUACGAUCUCCUAAAAUCGCCGAAUUCUCCAUAAGCAUCAUUGAAGGCGUAUCUGAGCGACUCAAAGUGACCUUGCUGGUGAUCUGUGCCCUGGCCUUCCUGGUGUGUGUGGUGUUCCUGGUCGUCUACAAGGUCUACCAGUACGAGCAGCCGUGCCCCGACAGCUUUGUUUACACGCAAGGUCGCUGCAUGCCGGCUGGGAUGUAUGGAAACUACCCCCCUCAGGGCCCUGGGGGCCGCGGGCGCCUCUUCACCCUCAUCAACCACUACAACAUAGCCAAGCAGACCAUCACCCGGUCAGUAUCUCCAUGGAUGACCAUCAUGUCUGAGGAAAAGGUCACCCAGCAGGAGACGGAGACCGCCCAGAAACUGGCUUAACCCACCCCGGGAUCAGGGGGUGGACUCGCCUGCUUCAGAAAUAAAGAAAAUAAAUAAAUAAUAUGGUUGUGCCAUUCAAGCAAACCUCAGAGUCCUGGGGCUUUCUGUUGGUGAGAAAGCGACUCACCUUUACCUGGAGAUGCUCUGCAGGCUUGUUGAUGUAGUUCUGGGGAGCUUUUGUUUACUGUAGCGGGAAAUUUAGUCAGCAAAGCAAGCCUCAACCGACGGGUGGAUUCAUGGUUUGUUUGAAUCGCACGUGUUGUUAUUUAUUUACACUUUCAAAUUGUGGCUAACGUAUAAAAAGCCACGGGGAUACACACACACACAUACACACGCGCGCGCACACACACACGCACACACAAUGACUUCCCUGUCUUUGUACACAGACACGUAUGCACCUAACAGAACACUCUUUAGUACUCACAUUGUGAAACAACUGUGAACCAUCUUGUGUCUGCGUUGCUUGUUUUAACUCACAAGCCCCGGCGACUUCUGUCGGCUUCUAAGCCUUUUUCUUUUCAAAUAGGUCCAGUACUGAUGUUGCAUGUCCGACCUCAUGAGGUCCAGUGGUAAAUUUCUCACGAAGCAACAAAGUUUGCAGCACAUUUGCCUCAGAUGUCAUCCUGUGUCAAAACAUUUUACUGUCAUGAUGUUGUGAAGAAAUGAGGCUUUGACCUGGAGGAAACCUUAUAACCAGCGGAAAAAAAACAAAAAAAAAUAUUUUAAUUGUGUUGUUUUGAAGCGGCCCAUACGGCUCUGUGCAUAUAGUGCUGUUAAGGAGUCUUAAGUAUUUUAUGCAUCAAGUCUUUUCAACCAGCAUUAACGAUUGUCUCCAACCAUCUGAACUCUCUGUGAACACUAUGUGCUUUUCUUUGCUGGCCACUUAACGGUCACUUUUCAUAGUACACAUUUUAUGCUACUGAAUGUUUUUUGCAUUGCUAGGGAAGAUACUGUAUUGCGCAACGCUUUGCGUUGAUUGAUUGUCACCAUAGAUGGCUGUUGACAGACACUAGACUUAGGUUGAUGUAGUGGAACAAUCUGGCGGUAGUCGCUUGUCCUGUUGCUGUUUUCUGCGUUUCUCAUUUAACUUGAACUGUCACAAAUUAUGUACUUUUUUCAAACAAUGUAACUAUUUCCAUUGAAGUGCAUUUGCUACAUGAAAGAAUUGUUCAAUGAAAAACUGAAAUAAAGUGCCCACAUUUCACUA